CACUAAACCUUGGGUGCGAAAUAGUUAGUUGUCCUUUUGUUUAUUAAGGAAAUGACGGCACCGUUUACGCAAACACGAACACGAUGUCAUUAAUCAAGUCGGCCACGCCAAGAAACUGCAAUCGUAAAACCCUCAAUGAAGAAGAAGAGAGUGGUUUAAUCCAAUGUGCUCAUCUGAUUCUUCCAUGGCUUACCCCCUCCGAACUGGCCAAUACCUCCCUCACAUGCAAAACCCUCUUUCACUUCUCCAAAACCGUUGUUGGAUCCCGUUGUCUCGACGCUUCCAGAUCCUUCGAGAACCUUCCCGUCCCGUUUCACAACACUCUCGAUAAAACUCCCUAUGCCUACUUCCUUUACACCCCCUCCCAAAUCAUUUCUUCUUCUCCCUCUCAUUCUCCGCAACGCCAGUUUUGGGGGUCUACUUUUCAUACUAAACUUAAACCUGGUUCCCUGAGUCAACGCGGUCCGAUUUCGGUGGUCGCGGAUUCGGCCGAUUUUUCUGUGGGACUGAGUCGACGAUGUGAGAAACCAGGUGGGGAUUGUGUUGAUGCGGCGGCUGAGUUGGGGGAAAGUGAUUGUGGGUGCGAGUGUGAGAAGUGUUUGGAGGUGGGAGAUGAGAAUGGAGUGUUUGGGUGUCCAUGUUCCUACGGAGUGGAGGAAGUGGGAAUUGCGAGUGAGUGUGGGCCGAGUUGCCGUUGCGGGUUGGAGUGUGAGAACCGGGUGAGUCAGAGAGGAAUAAGAGUUCGGUUGAAGAUAGUUAGGGUUUCGAAAAAAGGGUGGGGUUUGUUUGCUGAUCAAUUCAUACCUCGAGGCCAAUUUAUUUGCGAGUAUGCAGGUGAGCUGUUAACAACGAAGGAAGCAAGAAGACGACAAAAAAUCUACGAUGAACAUGCAUCACGUUAUGGGAUAUCUUCUGCUCUCUUAGUUGUGAGGGAGCAUCUUCCAUCUGGUAAGGCAUGUCUGAGGAUGAAUAUUGAUGCCACAAGAGUCGGAAAUGUUGCAAGAUUCAUCAACCAUUCUUGUGAUGGUGGUAACCUGUCAACAGUACUGGUGAGACGCUCAGGAGCUUUGCUACCACGUCUUUGUUUCUUUGCCUCCAAAGUCAUACAAGAAGGGGAAGAACUCACCUUUAGUUAUGGAGAAAUCAGACUCAGGUCAGAGGGCUUACCAUGUUUCUGCGGCAGCUCUUGCUGUUUUGGGAUUUUACCAUCGGAAAAUACUUGAUGAAGUAGCAAAUUAAGAGUGGAACAAGAGAGCAUCGCCAUUUUUAAUUGUAGAGUGAGACCGGCGACUUCAGCUUACCCUUUUAGUCAUUGGAAUCGAAUUAAACUGCAAUUGCCAGAUUUGGAUCUUCAUUCCAUGCUUCAAUAUAUUUAUUUAUUUAUUUA